AAUACUUAUCCUGAUGAACUACAAUUUAGCCCAUCAUAUUCAUAUGUUAUUUUUAUUUUUUUGGUAAGGACCAUCAUAUGUUAUAAUAUCAGCAACUUGCAUCUUUGAAAACUCCGAGUACGACAUGUUUAACCAGAAAACAAAACAGUCAUGAAUCUUUCGGGAGGAACACUAGUACAGCCGCGUAGUAGUAGUAGUAGGAGGAGGAGAGAGAAAAUGGGUCUCCCAAAUCGACCCCUUUUCCUUGGUUUAGCCAUUGUUAUGAUGUUGGGUAUUGUUGUUUACUUCAGGUUAUGGAUCAUUGAUUAUCGGAUUUCUGCUGAUGAUACCGAAUUAAUAAGGAGACAGUUUGAUCUUGCCCAUAGAGAAGCUAUGGAUGAGUCAGCAGAGUGGAGGUCAAGGUUUGAUGAAGAAAGGGAGAGAGCCACUAAAUGUAUGAAGGAGCUCACUGAGGUAAAGGAGUCCCGUGGUAAUAUAGCAAAGGACACAGCUAGUGUUGAUGAAAGAAUUGAAAGGCUGCAAAAGGAGAACAUAGACUUGCUUGAGAGGUUAGAAUCAUUGAAGCAGGUCCUUGAAACUGAGAAGUUGAAGUGCAACAAAAUUCAGUAGAUUAUACAGCACCACAUUUCGCAAUUGAAUAUGGACAUACUUGGCCUCAGAAUUCUUCCAGUCGGAGGAGUUCCUUCAGCUGACUUGAUGCCUACUAGGCUACUAGUGACUUCACCAGACACCAAGGGUGGCUUUUUUGAGCAAAAUAACGUAAUUGCUGUAUGGCAGAGAGCGAACUACAGAUUGUGUUUUGUGGACGUGGGCAUUGGAUGUUAUUUUGUAAGCUCUCUUGCCCUCUGGAGAAAGUUUGCCAGCUUUUUAAAAGUCCUUUCUUGUAAAGUAACAAAAAAUUAAUACUCAGAGCAAAUAUAUGUGAAGCAGUGUAGAUUUCAGAUUA